UUUACUAAUCUCUCAUCUCCACCAAAGUUCAAAAACACAAUUCAGAGACUUGCGAUUCCUCUCUCUCUCGUUCAUCGUUCUCAGAUCUUUUUUGUUGAAGAAGGAAGCUCAUGGCUCGUACGAAGCAAACCGCGAGAAAAUCACAUGGAGGAAAAGCUCCGAGGAAGCAGCUCGCCACCAAGGCGGCGAGGAAAUCUGCGCCGACCACCGGUGGAGUCAAGAAGCCUCAUCGUUACCGUCCUGGAACCGUCGCUCUUCGUGAGAUUCGUAAGUACCAGAAGAGCACAGAGUUGUUGAUCCGUAAGCUUCCCUUUCAGCGUCUUGUUCGUGAAAUCGCCCAAGAUUUCAAGACGGAUCUGAGAUUCCAGAGCCAUGCUGUGUUGGCACUCCAAGAAGCUGCGGAGGCGUAUUUGGUGGGUUUGUUUGAAGACACUAACCUUUGUGCCAUCCACGCCAAGAGGGUUACGAUUAUGCCUAAAGACAUUCAGCUCGCAAGAAGAAUUCGCGGGGAGCGUGCUUAGAGUUGUGGAAUGGAAUCAAUUAGGGGUUUAUUAUGUUUAGUAUUUUGGAUUCUAUUCUAUCUUUCGUUUUGAUUUGGUGUUGUGCGUUUAACUAAGCUACAAUGUUCUUAUGAGCUUUUUUUCUGAGAUAUUAUGAAUUUGGUUUUUGAUGA